UGCCCCCAAGCCCAAAGUACCAAGUACACCUUCCCUUUUGCCGUCUGGAGCCCUCGAGACAAUCUGAAUCUCUUUCUAUAAAUCGCUCCUUGUCUCUACACCCACCGGAUUUUUCUCUCUAUCUACGAAAUCCUUACUCGUUUUUUCUGUCUGAAUCGUUGGAUUUUAAAGGUUUUGAUCAGAGAAUUGAAGCUAUAGAAAUGAAAUUAAGCAGUGACAAUUAGGGUUCCGGCGUAAUUCGGGCUCUCCUGGAUUUCCGAGGCUUGAAUUGGACGAGUCUAGGGUUUUGCAGAAUCGUAAUUCAAGAAUUCUGUUUUUAAUUUAUUAGCGAGUUGGAAGACUUUAGGUUUUCCAGUACGCCAAUUGAAUUAUUCGUUAGGGAUACUGGUAAUUGAGAAGAUUUAAUGGAGUUCGGGUGUUAUUGAGUAAAAUAAUGUCAGAUUAAGAUGAUGGCGUGGUUUUAAGCGGGGAUUGGAGUGAUUUGACGUUUGAAGUUGGGGUAUUGGGUAGUCCGAAAUUUGGGGAAAAUGCAAAAAAACAAUCUUUAUUAUGCAUGGGAGGGUUCAGCGGGAAGGCGAGAGCAUUAGGAGCCUACAGAGGAGUAUUAGUCAGCAUAUGCGGUCGGUCCCACCAUUGGCUACGAGCAACAGAACUAUAGCUGCUGCGUGUGGUCAUUCCUCAGUUACUUCUUCUACCAUCACAACAACCUCCACGGCCAGUGAUUCAUUUCUCAAGGACGGCCGAAAAAUUAGCAUAGGUGAUUGUGCUCUUUUCAAGCCACCUAAAGAUUCUCCACCUUUUAUUGGGAUAAUUCGCUGGUUGGCAGCGAGCAAAGAGAAAAAGUUACUGUUAGGUGUGAAUUGGCUUUAUCGACCAGCUGAGCUGAAGCUUGGCAGGGGCAUCCAGCUGGACGCCGCGCCAAACGAAAUUUUUUAUUCUUUUCACAAGGAUGAAAUUCCUGCUGCAUCGCUUCUCCAUCCGUGCAAAGUUUCUUUUCUUCCAAAAGGCGUUGAACUUCCUGCAGGGAUAUCCUCAUUUAUUUGCCGGCGGGUGUACGAUAUUGAGAAUAAUUGCCUUUGGUGGCUGAAUGAUCAAGAUUACAUUAACGAACGACAACAAGAAGUAGAUAAACUUUUACAUAAAACACGAACAGAAAUGCAUGCAACUAUGCAGUCUGGUGGUCCUUCUCCAAAACCAGUAAAUAGUCCGGCAUCAACCCUGCAAUCAAAAUCAGGUCCUGAUAAUGGACAAGUUGGUGCAACUUCUUUUUCUUCUCAAGUUAAGGGAAAGAAGAGGGAGAGAGGAGAUCAUGCUGUUGAUCCUAUCAAAAGGGAACGUUCUUCCAAAACUGAUGAUGGCGAUUCUGGUAUUUUGAGAGCUGAAAAUAGUUUGAAAUCAGAUAUAGGGAAAAUAACAGGAAAAGGAGGUCUCACAGAUUUGGAGGGGGUGGAGAAGUUUGUCCAACUUAUGCAACCAGAGAGAAUGGAAAGGAAAAUGGAUUUGAUUAGUCGCUGUUUACUUGCAGGUGUGUUGGCUGCCACUGAUAAGUUCGAUUGCCUUAAUCAUUUUGUGCAGCUCAAGGGUUUGCUAGUGUUGGAUGAGUGGCUCCAGGAUAUCCAUAGAGGGAUGAUUAAUGAUGGUAAUAAUUCCAAGGAUGGUGAUAAAUCUGUGGAGGAAUUUCUUUUAAUUUUACUUCGUGCACUAGAUAAGCUCCCUGUCAAUCUUGAAGCCCUGAAAAUGUGCAACAUUGGUAGAUCUGUGAAUCAUCUACGUUCACAUAAAAACUUAGAAAUUCAGAAAAAGGUUAGGAGUUUAGUUGACACAUGGAAGAAACGCGUCGAGGCUGAAAUUGAUGCAAAGUCUGGUUCAACCCAAGUUGUUUCUCCAUGGCCUUCCAAAUCUCGCCUUCCCGAGGCUUCUCUGGGUGGGAGUAAAAAUUUAAAUGGUACUGAUGUUGCCAUUAGAAGUUCAAUCACGAUGCUUUCUGCUUCUAAAACUUCUUCAGUGAAGUCUUCACCCGGGGAGAGUAACACAAAGUCCUCAUCCUCAUCUCCUGGCCCUAUAAAAUCAUCAUCAUCACCUGCAACAGGCAAAGAUAUCCAGCCCAAAAAUUCUGUUGGUAGUGCUUCUGAUGUUCCUCUAUCCAGGGAUGAUAAGAGUAGCAGUUCUGUUCAAUCUUAUAGUUACAAUCCUUCAUCAGUAAAAGAUGACAUAAAGGGUUCUGAUACUGGUUUGGUCAGUGUUAAUAAAAUCUCAGGUAGUGCUUCUCGGCAUCGGAAGUCAAGCAAUGGUUUUCUUGGGUCACCUGUAACUGGAGGUAUGAAAGAAACAAGCUCAAGCAGAAGCUCUUCACUGCACAGAAGUACUGCGUUAGAUAAGUCAUCUCAGUCUGCCUUCAACAUUGACAGGGCUCUCGAGGCACCCUUUAGUGAGGGCAGCAGUCAUAAGCUAAUUGUUAAGAUACCAAACCGUGGACGCUUUCCUGCACAUGGUGCCAAGAUGGAACCUUCAGAAGAUCCUUCCAUUAUGAGCAGUCGAGUUUCUUCUCCAGUGCAUUCAGAGAAGAAUGAUUAUAUCCCUCAUAAUCCAAAGGAAAGGAGUGAUGUGGAUCCAUCAAAUUUUACUUCGGAUGUGAAUAUGGAGUCAUGGCAAGGCAAUGAGUCCAAGGAUGUGAUAAAUGGUUCUGUUGAGGCUGUUGUGUCACCUGCAGCUCUUCCUCAUCAAGAGCAAAGUAGGACCACUGAAGCGUCCAGGAGAAUUAUUGAAGCUUUGAAAAGAAAUGACUUGAAGUCGCGUGAAGCCUCGUUUAGCCCUAUGAAUGCUUUGAUUGAGAGCUGUAAGUAUUCUGAAGUAAAUUCAUGUGUGUCACUUGAGGAUGAUAUGGGAAUGAAUCUACUUGCUAGUGUGGCUGCUGGAGAAAUGUCCAGAACUGAUUCUCCGGAAAGAAGCACCUUUGUAGCUGAUGAGGUUUGUGCAAACGAGGAUGGAAAAUCGAAGCCGUCUCCUGAAGAUGGAAUUGCUGGAGGCCAAAUUUUGUGUUCUGAUGAUGGUGAUAGCAAGAACCAGGUUAUAGCUGGCACUUUGUUGUCUGAAGAUGAAUUGCAUCUGUCUAAACAUGCACCCCUUGAGUACUCUGGUGAAAGAUGCGCUUCAUCUCAAGUUAAUGAAGAUUUGCUGACUGGAGAGUGCAAUAAACAUGUGAACUUGGUGGAUUUGAGAACCAGUGCAGAUCCUCAUGGCGAUAUAGGUGAGAAGUCCUGUGAAAUGAAGAGUUCUGCUUCUUUGAUGCCAUCAGGAACAAUGGAGAAGGUGAAAGAUGUUGAAUUAAGUAAAAAAUUUCUCGAGGAAAAGGUUCCUAUAAGUAAUGCAAAUGUUGAUGCCAUUUCAGAUAGUAAACCUUGUGGAAAUGAUAACUUGGUAGCCCAGGCCAUGGUCAGCCAUGGUAUUUCUAAUGUAGAAGACGGUAAUCGAUCAGCUGAAGUUGUAGGUGACAGCACAAAUGAUUUGAAGGAAGAGUUGAGUACUGAAUUUCCUGUGGAGCAAGAACUACCUGCAGUUGCUGCAUCAUCCGUCUUGACAGAAAGAUGUGAUAAUGAAAUGCUGCAAAGAACUGCAUCUGAGAAGAAAGUCAUUUCACAAAAUGAUAACGAUGUCAAUGAAGAAAAAGGUGGUGAAAAGGAUACUGUGAAUUGUGUUAUCCAGUCUGAAAGACAGAACUUUGAUAAGGGAGCAGACAAGCCUAAUGUUGAAGAUCGAGGCAUGAGCUGUUUGGAUUCUACCAUGGAUGACGUGAAGAGUCAAAAUACAGAGGUGAAUGUAGAGAACGAUGAAUCCCCUGAGCACCAAUCUGUUAUAUCCCCUCCUCAGAAAGAGUUGCUUGCUAUUUCUUCCAAAGAAGCACAGAAAAAGACUGAGUCGAUAGAAUCCAAGCUUCCUGGUGUUGAAGCAGAUGUAACUGAGGAAUGUUCUUCCUCUGAGACAGAGGCUUCAUUUUCUUCUGCUACCGCACCUCCAGGACCUGAUGCAAAGAUUAAUUUUGACUUAAAUGAAGGUUUUAUUGAAGAUGAUGGAAAAUAUGGGGAGCCAGUAAACUUCAUAUCCUCUGAUUUAACCAGUGUGCAUGUGAUCAACCCAUUGCUUUCUUCCAAUGGUCUUCCUGCUUCCAUUACAUUCGCAGCAGCAGCAAAAGGGCCUUUUGUUCCUCCAGAGGAACCAUUGAGACGCAAAAGUGAACUUGGAUGGAAGGGAUCUGCUGCCACUAGUGCAUUUCGACCAGCUGAACCCAGAAAAGCCCUUGAUUUGCAUUUUGGGUCGAGAAAUGUGUCCUCUACCGAUGCCUCUACUAGUAGACAUGUCCAUCCUUUGUUGGAUAUUGAUCUAAAUGUGCCAGAUGAAAGAGUUGUUGAGGACAUGGCUUCUCGAGAUUCCGACUCAGCAGUUAAUUCAACAUCUGUUUUUAUAAGUGAUCGUGGUAUGACACUGAAUGAGUGCAUAGGUGCUGCGCCAGCUCGUGGCUCUGUAGCACUUGAUCUUGAUUUGAACAGAGUUGAUGAAGCUAAUGAAAUGGGGCAUUGCUCUUUAAGCAGCAAAUUUAAAGUGGAGGGUACGGAUUUGCCUGUUGAUUCAUCAGGUGGUUCACGUACUGGUGCUGUUAGAAGACAUUUUGAUCUAAAUGAUGGGCCUGUAGUUGAUGAUGCUAUUGCUGAACAGUUUUCAUCAAGUCAUCAGGGCAAGGGUAUUAUACUGUCUCAACUGCCUACUGCUGGCCUGAGAAUGAACAACUCAGAACUUGGCAACAUCUCAUCUUGGUUUCCCCCUGGGAAUACAUACUCAACUGUGACAAUUCCGUCAACAUUACCGGACCGAGGGGACCAGCCCUUUCCAGUCAUCCCUCCUGGUGCACCACAAAGAUUAUUUGCUCCUACUGUUGGUACCCCAUUUAUUUCUGAUGUUUAUCGGGGACCGGUUUUGUCAUCAUCUCCUGCGAUCCCUUUCCCACCUGGCUCUUUCCAAUACCGGAUGUUUCCUGUUGGACCUACGUAUCCUUUACCAACUCCCACUUUCUCUGUGGGAGCAAAUUCAUUUGUAGAUUCCUCAUCUGGUGGAAGGCUAUUUACUACGCCUGGAAAUUCACAGUUUCUGGGCCAUGGUGGUGCUGUCUCGCCCCAAUUACCUAGACCUUUUCUGGUUAACCUUCCUGACAGUAGCAGUAAUGGUAGCUUGGAUAACAACAGAAAGUGGGGCAGGCCUGGUCUGGAUCUCAAUGCUGGCCCUGGUGCAGUAGACAUUGAAGGUAGAGAAGAGAUGUUGCCUCUGGCAUCGAGGCAGCUUUCUGUUGCCAGUUCACAAGCGCUAUUAGAGGAACAAGCAAGGAUUCUCUCGGUUCCAGGUGGUAUUUUGAAGAGGAAGGAGCCUGAAGGUGGGUGGGAUUAUGAGAGCUUCAGAUCCAAGCAACCUUCUUGGCAAUAGGAGCGAUAUACUGGAAUCUGUGGCUGGACGAGCCAAAUGAUGAAUCAUUACUACCAGGCUGGAUCUCCCUUGAAGAAUGGUGCUAAGCUAGUAGAUGUUUCCAGUCUCUGACCCCCAUCUCUCAAGUGCUUCGAUUGUCACACGAUAGUUUAAUCGGGUUUGCUAGUCUUGGUCAUUUCUGGGAGGAUGGAGAUAACUUUCCUCUGUAGAUAUUUAACUGUUGGAAAGCAUGAAUUCUCUGAUGACCAGAUACUGAUUUGAUGCAUUAUCCCUGGAAAUCAUUCAGGAAAUGAGAUUGGGACUGAACUGUUUUGACAUGGAAGCUCGUUUUAUCGAGUAUUUAUCAUAAUUCUCUCUUUGCAGCUUGUUCUUUUCAGCUCACCUUUAUAUACUUAUAUCCAGAUUUACUCUGAAUUUUGGCAUCAAAAGCUUUUAACCUCUGAUGGGUUCAGUUAUGUCU